AAGGCUGUGGAUCCGAUUGUCAGAGGGAGGGAGUAUUAGCCGCUUCUGUCUGCGAACAUGGUCAAGAAAGUCGGGAAGUACGAGAUUGGCAAGACCCUCGGUGAGGGAACUUUCGGAAAAGUAAAGUAUGCGGUGAACACUGAGACGGACGAGCGCGUGGCCAUUAAAGUGCUGGACAAAGAAAAGAUUCAAAAGCAGAACAUGGGAGCGCAAAUCAAGAAGGAGAUCUCGAUUAUGAAAAUGGUGCGCCACAAGCACGUCGUAGUGCUCAAAGAGGUACUGGCCAGUCGCACGAAGAUCUUCAUCGUGCUGGAGCUGAUCACGGGUGGCGAGUUGUUUGACAAGAUCGUGAGCGAAGGGAGGUUCAGCGAGGAGACGGCGCGCUUCUACUUCCGCCAGCUCGUGGAUGGUGUCCAGUACUGCCACGAGAACGGCGUGUGCCACCGCGACCUGAAGCCUGAGAACUUGCUGCUGGAUGAGAAUGGAGAUUUGAAGAUCUCCGAUUUCGGUCUCUCGGCCCUGUACGAGGGUGGAGCCCCGGAUGGUCCGGAGAGCUCACGAGCGUCACUACUGCACACGACGUGUGGUACACCCAACUAUGUGGCUCCUGAAGUCCUUGCUGACAAGGGCUACGAUGGGCGCGCUGCUGACGUGUGGUCGAUGGGGGUGAUCUUGUAUAUCCAGAAGGCUGAGUUUUCGUACCGAGCUGGUUCACUCCCGCGUGUCAAAGCGCUACUGAACCGCAUCCUCGUGCCUGAUCCGGAGACACGUAUUUCGAUCAAGGAGAUUCUGCGUGACGAGUGGUUCGUCAACGCGAAUGGCGCUGAUGAGCAGGUGGCUCCGGCUGCUGGUCCUGGCACGAUUAGUGAGGAGCUGGCGGUUGCUCCAGUGCCGAGCCCCGUGGACCACAUGACCAUUAAGCCUAGCCAAGCUGAUCUGGACGCCGCUAUUCUGGAGCAUCAGGACGAGAUCAACUCGGGCAAGAAGGACAAACAGGACGGCGGCCUGAAGGUGAUGAAUGCAUUUGACCUGAUCAACAUGUGCGGCGGCAUGGCGUUGAAUCGCAUGUUCCAAAGCAACGACGAGAAGCGGGUGAAGAGAUCGACACAGUUCACGUCUACCAUCCCUGCGGCGAGCAUCAUGGUUCGCCUGACGGGCCACUUGGAGAGUCUCCAUUGCGAGAUUAACGUGGAGAACUCGUCCAAGGUGAAGGCUGUGCUGCAGACGCCCAAGGGCGCGGUCGGUGUGGUUAUCCAGAUCUUCAUGCUCGCGGAUAAUCUUCAUCUGGUUGAGGUGCGUCGUGGCAAGGGUGAUAUCUUUGAAUACCACAAAUUCUACACGCAGUUGAACGACCAGAUGAAGGAUUUGAUCGCGGACUCUGGCAGCAGCUAA